GACUGUGGAAGGGAAGCUAAACAUUGAGUCGGGAAGCUGGUUUGUUUGUUUGUUUGUUUGUUGUCUCCAUAACCUCGAGAGAGAGAGCGAGAGCGAGAGCCAAUAAGCGGCAAAUGGCAGCAAUGACAGUGCGGAUCGCGAUUGUCGGCGACGUGCAUGAUGAUUGGCAUCCAGUCAAGGAUUCCAAGGCUCUUCAUCUUUUAAAGCCGGAUGUCGUGUUAUUUACAGGUGAUUUUGGAAACGAGAAUGUGGAUUUGGUACGAGAUGUCAGCAAGUUAGAUUUUCCAAAGGCAGCCAUUCUUGGAAACCAUGAUUGCUGGGAGACAGUUUCACCAUUUGCGCCAUACAUGGAUAAAAGCGAUAGUGAAAUUGAUAAAGUUCAGGAACAACUCGAGCUGCUUGGGGAUGUGCAUGUCGGCUUUGGCCGCUUAGAUUUUCCAGCUUUACGUUUAAGUGUUGUAGGAGGUCGACCCUUUUCUAUGGGCGGUGAGAGAAUUCACAGCGCAUACAACCCCUUUGCCGCGCUCCUUGGUCCCAGGUUUGGUGUGCAUAGUUUCCGCGAGAGUGCCCAACGAAUGGUUGAAAACGCAAAGAAAGCACCGCCAGAUAGUUCACUUGUUUUCUUGGCCCACAAUGGUCCUCGCGGGUUAGGGUCUAAAGUUCAUGAUAUAUGUGGUCGUGAUUGGGUUGAACGUGGAGGAGAUCAUGGUGAUCCUGAUUUCGAGGAAGCAAUAGCCAAGGUGAAGCAAGAGGGCAUCAGAGUGCCACUUGUGGUGUUUGGACAUAUGCACCAGCAGUUGCAGCGUGGAAACCCCCUUAAGCGAACCAUGCUACUUGUUGGACCUGACAAAACUAUAUACCUCAACGCAGCGGUUGUUCCUCGUGUGCGAGGAAUUAUGGAUCCAGGACUCACAACUUUGACGCAAAGACAUUUCGUUCUUGUGGAAUUUCAAGACAAGGAGGUUGAAAGCAUCCAUGAGGUUUGGGUCACUGUUGGGGAAGAUGACGGUGAAGUGAGGAAGACCUUGAUGUAUUCCCGACCGUGUUCAUCAUCCAUGGAGGUAACCAGUUGCCGAAGGAGCCUCAUGUAGAAUCUACCUCAUAGGUUGUGAGUUCUUAACUAGGAUGCGCUUUCAUUUCGAUACAUUUACAAGAGGCGCGACCUAUAACUGGCGAAUUUCACUACAUGUGCACGUAGCAGAACCUACUCUCAGGAUUUGGUGUGUUGAUGCUUAUUAUUACAUGAAGACAUGUAUGUCUUGAUACCUAUUAUUUGGCUCUAAAGCUGA